AGCAUGAACGCAGCACAGCCAGGACGCAGGCGCAGUUCCUGCUUCAAUCCGGUUGGCUGGUUUCAAACUUAGACCGCGUCUGUGUUGUUAUGCUAAGCUCAACGUAAAUCAGCGCUCACAAGAAAAGGAGGACGAUGGACUCGAGCCUGAGCAGCAAGACUGACCGAUUGGAACAAACAGAAGUUGAAGAUUUGAAAAGUGAAUUUACGUCGGAAUGUAGUUUUCUACCGGACGCUCAGCAUUCCUGCUUGGGGGAAAAGCAGCACCUUCAGGUGUACCUCAGAAUCCGACCUUUCACCCCAGAGGAGACCAAAAGGGGAGAAUCGCAGGAUUGUGUGACUAUGGAGGGUCCAGACUCCGUCCUGCUGAGGCCUCCCAGCAGCUCCGUCACAGCCAGAUACAGCCUGGACCGAGCGCUCCCACAGGCCGGCCAGCGCUUCCGCUUCUCCAAGGUGUACGGUCCUGAGACGACGCAGAGAGAACUGUUUGACGGCACGGUGAAAGACCUGGUGAAAGACGCUCUUGAAGGGAGAAGCUCUCUGGUUUUUACAUACGGAGUCACAAACGCUGGGAAGACCUUCACUUUCUUAGGUCCAGAUGCGGAUGCCGGCAUCCUGCCUCGAUCUCUGGACGUCAUCUUCAACAGUGUGGAGGGGCGGGUCUUCUCUGGAACGAGCAUCAAGCCGCAUCGCUGCAGAGAGUUCACAAGACUGAGCGAGGAGCAGCAGGCGGAGGAGGCCUCGUUCAAGAGGAACCUCUUCAGACAAACUGCUGAGAAUGAAAAGAGCAAAAGCAGCUUGUCCAGUUUGAGCGGCGAAACUUUCCUUUCAGACUCCUUCUCAGAGAAAACCUCUCCAGCAGCCGAAGACGGCGUCAGCCUGAAGGUUGAAGCGAACACCAAGUUCUCCGUUUGGGUUUCUUUCUGUGAAAUCUACAACGAGAACAUCCACGACCUCCUGGAGGUGGCGCCCGGCGCGGCGCUGAGGAGGACGGCGCUGCGCCUGUCACAAGACAUCAAGGGGAACGCCUUCAUCAAAGAUCUCCGUUGGGUUCAGGUGGACUCUGCAGAAGAGGCCUACAAAGUAGUGAAGCUGGGAAAGAAGAAUCAGAGUUUCUGCUCCACUCGACUGAAUAAUCUCUCCAGCAGGAGCCACAGUAUCUUCUCCAUUCGAAUCUUGAGGAUUGAAGACGUCGACGCUCCACGAGUCAGCACAGUCAGCGAACUGUGUCUGUGCGACCUGGCGGGCUCUGAGCGCUGCGCUAAGACGCAGAACAAAGGAGAGCGGCUGAAGGAAGCGGGAAACAUCAACACGUCACUUCUCAUCUUGGGGAAAUGCAUCAACGCCCUGCGCCACAAACAGCAGACAAAACUGUUGCAGCACGUCCCCUUCAGGGAGAGCAAGUUGACCCAUUACCUUCAGGGCUUUUUCUGCGGUCGGGGUAAAACCUGCAUGAUCGUCAACAUCAACCAGUGCGCCUCCAUGUACGACGAGACGCUCGGCGUCCUCAAGUUCUCCGCCGUGGCCCAGAAGGUUGUAGUUUUGUUCUCAAGGCCGCUCUCCGUCAUGCCGCUGGCGUCCUCCAGUGAAGUGGCCUUAAACCCGACUGCAGAGAGAAAAGCUCUUUACAGCAGCGACAGAAGCUCCCUGAUCGGAUGGGAGAGCAGCCUCGAUGAUGUGCAGGAGGAUGAAGACUAUGACGAAGAUGUGAGCUGCAUGGACGACACUGCAGAUCACUCUGUCAAUGAAGAUGAUGAGAAAACGGUUAUCAGUAAAGGAAAGCUGCAGAGGCUGAUUGGUGAGUUGAAGCAGCUGCAGGUUCAGCUGAAGAAGGAGCGUGCUGAGAGCAUGCUGCUGGAGGGUCGGAUCCGGGAGGAAACCAGUCAGGAGUUCUCACAGCUCUUCCAAGAGAUGCAGACCGACUUCACUGAACGUCUCGCACGGGAAAGGGAGAUCCUGGAGGAGCGAGCUGAAAAAAGGAUGCAGAUUUGCAAGAACCUCAUCAACAAGAUCUACACGUCUGGCUCCAGUCAAGAUGCACAAGACAUGGACACGUCUGCUGAGCUGGCAGAUUCUGCAGAGGAACCUCGUUUCCGUCAAAGCUCAGGCCAAGCUGGUCCUCAGACGUUCAGAACGGACGCUGGAACGAAGCUGGAGACGGACGACCCGCAGAAAACCCAGAAGCAGCAGGAUGACGACCCUGAUGCGGUUGAGGAGAAGAGACGACUUGUUCUGCAGCUUCAGGAGAAAUCAGCAGAAGCUGCUCGACUGACAGAACAACUUGAAGAGCUGCAGAAACUGCUGGAUCAGGCCUCCACCACCCGCUCUGAAGAGAGAAGCCCCCAGAGGAAACAUCAGCUGGAGGAGGCCUUGGCUGCCCUGGAGAAGGUCAAAACAGAAAAAGAAGAGGCCUUGGCUGCUUUGGAGUACCAGACUUUAGGAAAAGAAGAGGCCUUGGCUUUCUUAGAGGAGGAGAGGAAAGCGAGGGAGGAGGCCGUCGCCUCCCUCAAGGAGCUCAGGAGACUCACGAAGGAGACGCAGGAGAUGCUCGAACGAGAGAAGAGCGGCAGAGAAAAAGCAGCAGCCGCUCUAGAAGCCGAGAAGAGAACAAACGAGGAGUUUGUUUCAGAGCUUUCGAAAGAGAAGCAAAGCAGAGAGGAGGCUCACGCCGCUCUCUGCGAGGAGAGGAGGCGGACGCAGGAGGUCCAGUCAGCUCUGGAGUCUGAGAGGAAGAGAAACGGCGAGCUGGCUGAAGCAGGAGGACGGAUGCAGGAGGAGAUCGACGCUUUGAAGCGAGAACUUGGCCAGCUCGCCGAGAAGCUGGAGGCUGCAGAGCAACAGGUGGACAACAAGUCUGAGGUAGCAGAGCAAGCCCUCGCCCAGCUGGGAUCUGUUCAAACCCAACUGGAGACUGAGUCCAAUGAGGUCCAGGAGAAAACCUGCCAGCUCAAAACCUUGACCCAAAAGCUCCAGACGCUAAAUGAGGAACUCCUGGAGAGUCACAUUUCAUCUGAAGGUGACAGAGAUAAAGUAAAGGAGGAACUGUUGGAGCUGAAGACCAAACUGGCUGAGCAGGAAGACCAGACGGAGAAGGCCCAAAGCCGUGUGCAGGAGCUGGAGCGCGAGCUAACACAGGUUAGCCAGCAGCUAGCCCAGAACCAGCUGCUUUCUGAGCAGAUUUCAGAGAAGCUGAGUCAGACUGAGGCGUCCUCCAAAGAGGAGCGAGAGGGAAUGCUGCACAAACUGACAGGUGAGCUCCGAGCUCAGUUUGAACGGGAAUCUAAAGAGGAAGUGGAUCAGCUCAGAGCUGAACUUCAGGAGCAAAUCAGACAACUGAACGAGCAACUCCAACAACGAGACGUGCAGCACGAGGACUGGACACAGAAACUCAGCCAAGAAAACGAGACCGCCAGCAAAGAGUUGAAGGAUCUGAAAGAGAAGCUCAGCCAGAAGGAAGAAGCUCUGGAGCUGCUGGAGGCUGAACUCAAAUCCAAGCUGAACUCUAACGUGAAGACUGAAGAGGAUCUGAGGAGACUCAACUCUGACCUCCAGAGCGAGGUCACAGCCCUGAAAGCUACGCUUUCCAACGUGGAGGCUAAAGAGUCCUCUCUCGAGGAGAUGAAGGAGCUGAAGAAAGCAUCCGAGGACAGAGAGGCCGAGCUUCAGAAGAAAGUCCUGGAAGCCGAGGCGCAGGUCGCGACCUUGCAGAAGAGUCUGCAGGCGGCGCAGGAAAAGCGGGAGGAGGACGAGUGUCAGGCGGUCCGGGAGGCCAGGCGCAAGGAGGCGGAGCGGCGCAAGGAGCUGCUGGCUGUCGCACACGAGGCCAUCGCUCAGAAGGAUGCGGAGCUGGAGAAGAAAGCCGAGGAGAUCAGCAGACUGAAGGAAACCGCCAAACAGGACGCAGAGAAGAUGAAGAGUCUCAGUCUUGAUCUUCAGAGGAGAGAAGACGACUCUUCAGACCUCCAGGAAAAACUGACCGACUACAAGAAGCAGAUGCAGCAGGUCCAGAAGGAGAUUUCUGCAAUGAGGGAGGAGGAGAAGCUGUUGAGGCAGAAGCUGUCUGACAUGGAGAAAACCAAGAAGCAGCUUCAGAGUGACCUCAGUACCAGAGACAGAACCAUCCAGCAGCUCAGACUGGACCAAUCCAACACAAAAUGUGAUGAAACACACCAGCUCUACAGUAAAGCCUGUAAAGACCUGGAGGCGAAGGAGCGCGUGUUGGAGGAAAUGCGAUCGGCUCUAGUGGAGCAGGACGACACGCAGGAGAAGAUGGAAAAAGCCCUGGAGGAGAAGCUUCUCCACAUCCAGGAGCUCUGCAGCGAGGUGGAGCGGUUGAAGAGCGUUCUGCUGCAGCAGAGAAGUGACGGUAACCCACAGGGAGAAACCAACCAUCCAUCAGACCAGCUCAAACAGGCAAAGGAGGAAACCGCUCAAGUUCAAGAAAGCUUGAAGAUGUUGACGGAUAAACACCAGACUGAACGCAAAAAGUGGCUGGAGGAAAAACUGUCUCUGAUUGGUCAAGCCAAAGAAGCGGAGGACAAGAGGAAUCAGGAAAUGAGGAAGUUUGCAGAAGACAGAGAGCGCUACAGUCGGCAGCAAGGCCAGCUGGAGUCGCAGCUUGAGGAGAAGGAGAAGACGAUGGAGAACUGGAGGAAGGACAGGGACACUCUGGUCGCAGCUCUGGAGGUCCAGCUGAAGAAACUUCUUUGCAGCCAAGCAGAAAAAGACAAAAUCAUUGAGCAGCUACGCCUGCAAAACACGCAGCCGCCAGCAGAGGUUCAGAGAGCUGAAAGCAGCUCCAGCGUGGCAGAUCUGCAAGCGUCUGUGUCGGAGAAAGAGGCGGAGAUCCUGCAGCUGAGGAGAGAGCUGGAGGAGAGCCGAGCCGCACAGUCCAGCAGCAGCGAAGGCUCUGCUACACUAACGAGGGAACCAAAGUGUGAAAACCCAAAGAUGUCUGGAAGUGAAGACGUCAGAGCUUCAGGCAGCAGUCAGGGCUCCGCUGGCUUCCCGUCCGUCCUGGACUCCUCUGAAAUCUCCACAGAAAACGGGAGAUCCAGCCGCUUCCCGCGGCCGGAGCUGGAGAUCUCCUUCAGCCCCCUGCAGCCGAACCGCAUGGCCCUGCGGCGGCAGGGGGAGGAGAGCGCCGUCACCGUCAAAAUCAGCCGCACGGCGCGCAAGAGGAAGAGUGGAGAAAUGGAAAAGUCUUAUAUUUUUAGGAGGAGUAAACGGAAAGCAACACGUGAGGAAGAGGUGGAGGCAGAGAACAGGAGGAACACGAGAAGCAAACUGACGCCAAGGCUGACCCCACAAAAAGAAGAUAGCUCCUCCCCGGCGGGUCGCCAUGACUCCCAGAGCAGCGUCCGCAGCAGGAAGGAGGGCACGCUGCAGAAGAUCGGAGACUUCUUGCAAAGCUCCCCGACGCUGCUGGGCUCUAAAGCCAAGAAGAUGAUGAGUCUUGUGAGCGGUCGAGCUGAUGCAGAGUCAGCAGCCUCCUCUUCCUCACUGGCUCUGAGAGCCAAGAAAACCAGAAAACUCUACAGACCUGAGAUCUCCUCUCCCAUGGAAAUGCCCUCCCACCCUAUCCUCAACAGAGAACCAGAAAGCAAAGAGAGCGACCAUAACAUCAUCAAGCGCCGCCUUCGCUCCCGAGUGGCUAAAUAACAACCUAAUAAAGGUCUGAACCGUUUGGUUUCAGUUAAACAAAGUAUUACUACAGUUCUUCUUUAAAAACACUAGUUAUUUUGUCUUAAAUAUACCUUGCAGUAUAUGCUGAUUUAGAGUCGAGAAAACUCACUUUUGUAUAUUAUGGUGAUUAUAUUGGAAGUAAUGAUGAUGAAAAGAAAUUAUAGAAAACUUUAGUUUUUGAUCUAAGAUCCUCUUGUUGCUGCUUAUAUUUACACUAUACUCGAUACUAAACCGUUUCUUACAUUUUAUAACAAUUCUAAUUUUUUUUGUCUUUUUUUACAACUACUACUGCUAAAAUAUUGAUCACUUUGUCAUGUGAUCAACAACACUUUUUAUUGAGAUUUAAAGAAGCUGCUUAUGGCGAACCUUUGAGAAUCUUAGCAAAGCUCUGCUCCAAAUCCUUCAUAUGCUCUUAAACAUGUUAUUUUCACUUAAUUGUGUUUAAAAUAAUGAUCAUAAACACUUUUAUUUGACUCUAAUUCCACAUUUGUGUCAAACUAUUAAAAAAAACCCAAUUUAAUGCCAUAAUUAGCCGAUUUAAAUAAGCGGUGAUCUGAAGCUUUCAUUGUUCCGUCUGCUGGACUGACUGUAGAUUUAUCCGCUGACACAGAAGCUUUUGAUGAAGCUUCGUGUGAGUCGAGGCUUGAAAAGGGUUUGGAGCGGAGCUGCAGGAGCCUCCAGAACACGCGUGUCCCAACUCCACCUGCACUUUAUCUCCCGGUGAACGCCGCCGCUGCGCAGUGUUUAAAGACGAAGCAGAAUUCCUGUUUCAGCCGCUCCACCUACGACAUACUUCUCAUGUCUCGUUCUGUUCAGAAUGAAGGAUUGUUCUUUGUAAGAGAAAAAGUUCUUUUGUGUUUUCUUUUGUAUUUCUUUGACUUUUUUGGCACGUUCACUCGCUAAAUAAAGAUGCACCUUAUAGCAAACCGUCA